GCCUUAUCAGGUGAGAGCCUAGGGUCCUUGGGGUUGAAAGGCGCAGUACAUUCACGAUACUGAUGGUCUUUUUGGGUCCUUGUUGGUCUUUUUGGGUCCUUGUCAUGCAAAGAUAUUGGCCAAUGCUAAAGACCUAAAGUACAGUAAAACUGUAACAGUACUUGCUAUGUAUAGGACCCACUUCUCGAUCUUCCCUGCCAGUCUUGUUCAGCCGUAUCCGCAUAUUAAAAAACCUAGGGAAACCAAAGCCAGCGCGGGAGAACGACUGAAAAGUGAAAAACACAACAAAAGGGGAUUUCAGAAGAUACCCAAUCCAUCACCCACAGAGUUUUACUAUCCACCCUUGCCCCGGUUCAAUUCUUGUUCUUGUUAAAAAGAGGUGAGAUUUAGAAAAGAUUGGACCUGGAAUUUUAGGGCAUGGACUUAAUAGCUAUCGUUUAGUGGUUCUUGAGCUGUAUAAUCAUGCAAACCCUUGAAGCCGUUGGUGGUAAUGGUGGUGUUGUUGAUGAACGGAGGUGCAAAAGGUCUAAUUCAUCAAUAGGGUGGAGAUGUAAAGACAAAGCUCUUGAGGGUGGAGUUUUCUGUGAGAAACACUUGAUAUGGUACCACGAGACAACUGCCAAGCGUAAGCGUAUGGAUAUUUUGCGUUCUUCAGAUGCGUCCCUGAAGGGUAAGAAGAGGCGUUUAGGAACUCGAUCCGUUGUUAAUGUGAAUGGGGCAGUGAAGAAGCGGGGUCGGCCCAAAGGGUCAAGUAGCAAGAAGGAAACCAAUGAAAGUGAUGUAGUGUUUCUGACACCUCAGUCUACUGGAGUUGUAGUUAAGCAGAAGAAGAUGGGGAGACCAACUGAUGAAAGUUGUACACUGUUUCUGACACCUCAGUCUACUGGAGUUGUAGUUAAGAAGAAGAUGGGGAGACCAAAAGGUUCAAAGAAUAAGAAGAAACCUGCUGAAAAGAAACAAGGGUUUGAACCAUUGAUUCUUGAAAAUAGUAAGACAGGUCUAAUUGAAAACGAAUUUGGCGGAGAGAGGACUGUCAAGAAGAGGGGCCGACCUAAGGGUUCAAAAGGCAAGAAGAAAUUUACUGUAGCGGGACAAUUGAUGCGUAAAAUUAACAAGAUAGGUGUACGUGCGAAUGAAUUAGUUGUUCCCAAGAAGAGGGGCAGACCAAAGGGCAAGAAGAAUCGAGUUGGUGGUUUGAUUACUCAAAAACAACAAGAAUUUGGAUCAUUGAUGCUUCAUAAUUGUCCGGUAGGGGUGAUGGAUGAAUUAUUGAGCACCGAUGGGACACAAAAGAAGAGGGGAAGACCAAAGGGUUCAUCAAAGGGUAAGAAGAAGCAUAUUGAAGGUAGUGCUCUGGUUUCUGCAAAGCAAGAUGGCUUUGAACCGUUGAUAAUUGAAGAUAGUGGGACAGGAUCAGUUGUGAAUCAUCAACUUUCUGCUUGUAAUAAACGGAAGAGGAGGAGACCAAAGCUUUCAGAAGAAAAUAAGAACGAAGCAUUGACUGGGGCAGUCAGGAAGAGGGGCAGACCUAAGGGCUCAAAAGGUAGUGCUUUGGUUUCUGCAAAACAAGAUGGCUUUGAAUCGUUGAUAAUUGAAGAUAGUGGGACAGGGUCAGUUGUGAAUCAUCAACUUUCUGCUUGUAAUAAACGGAAGAGGAGGAGACCAAAGCUUUCAGAAGAAAAUAAGAACGAAGCAAUGACUGGGGCAGUCAGGAAGAGGGGCAGACCUAAGGGCUCAAAAGGAAAGAAGAAAGCUCUUGUUGUUUUAGGUGACACACCUACAGAACUUGAAGAUAACGAGGUAGGGAUAAUUGUGAAUCCGGGGAAGAAGGGAAGGCCUAAGGGUUCUUUGGGUAAGAAGAAGAAGGAGACUGUUUUAAGUGGUAAUGAAUCUGGGGUUUUGAUAUCGUUGAACGGUCAGUAUGGUGACGGAACUGUUGAGAAGGACAAGUGUGAAAGAAAAAGUCUUGUAUUGGGAAUUGGGGCAGUCCUUAAGGAAGCUGCUAAUGGUAAUAUUCGUAGAAGAAACAGCAUGGCUUCAAAAAGAAGACCAGGUGCUACAAAUUGGAAGGAAAAUGGGACAUUAAUGUGCCAUCAAUGCCACAAAACCAAUAAAAGCGACAUUGUCUUCUGCUUGAAAUGCAAAAAGAAACGCUACUGCAGUGAAUGCAUUGCGAAGUGGUAUCCAGAGAGAACAAAGAAAGAUAUUGAGAAUGCCUGUCCUUUUUGUUGUAGCAAUUGCAAUUGUUCAGCUUGCCUUCAAGCAGAUAUAACUGCAAAGGUCAACAUAAAGGAAUCUGAUGAAGAAACACAUUUGCGAAGGUCACUGUAUGUGCUGUUAAAUAUCCUUCCACUUCUGAGGGAGAUUCAGGAGGAGGCAAAGACCGAGCUAGAUGCUGAAGCCUGUAUACGAGGUGUUCAGUUGACAGAAGAAGAUAUAACCAAGUCCCUACUUGAUGAGGAUGACAGAAUAUACUGUGACAAUUGCAAAACAUCCAUUGUCAAUUUCCACAGAAAUUGCCCAAAUCCCGAUUGCGCCUAUGAUAUCUGUCUCAAUUGUUGUCGGGAACUAAGAUUCCGUUCUAUCAUGGGUGAAAGAACAAGUGAUCAAAAUGCUCUUUCCGAUAAAACUGACUCUUCUGGUGUUUGGGAAAGGGAAAAGUCAAAUGAAAUAUUUUCUCAAUGGAAAUCAAAAGUCGAUGGAAGCAUACCUUGUCCUCCAAAGGAACUUGGUGGUUGUGCGUCUGCAAUGUUAUCACUACGGCGCAUAUAUGAACCUAACUGGGUGAAUGAACUAAUCAAAGCUGCAGAGGAACUCACUGCCAAUUCUCAUUUACCCAAAAUUGAUUUCUCAGAAGCUUGCCAUUUGUGCCUUACUGCAAUUGGAAACAGCAGUCAACAUCGAAAUGUAAGGCAGGCUGCUUUCAGGAAUGAUAAUCAGGACAAUUUGUUGUAUUGUCCGAAUGCUAUUGACUUGCUGGAUGAAGAGUUUAUUCAUUUCCAAUGGCAUUGGAGAAGGGGCGAACCUGUCAUUGUGAGAAAUACACAUGCCAUGGGUACAGGCCUCAGCUGGGAGCCGAUGGUGAUGUGGCGAGCUUUCAGAAAUGCAAGGAAAAAGUUGGAUGAGGAGAGUUUCUCUGUGAAGGCCAUUGACUGCUUAGAUUGGUGUGAGGUUGAGAUAAAUAUUAAGCAGUUCUUCAAGGGAUACUUAGAAGGAAGGAGUCACAGGAGUGGGUGGCCAGAGAUGUUGAAGUUGAAGGACUGGCCACCAACCAAGUAUUUUGAAGAAUGCUUGCCAAGGCAUGGCGCUGAGUUUGUUGCGAUGCUUCCCUUCAGUGAUUAUACCAAUCCUAGUUCUGGGCUUCUAAAUCUAGCCACUAAGCUUCCUGUUGGGUCAGCUAAGCCAGAUUUGGGCCCUAAAACUUACAUUGCUUAUGGGUCAGAAGAAGAGCUGGGAAGAGGUGAUUCAGUGACUAAGCUUCAUUGUGACAUUUCUGAUGCGGUCAAUAUACUGACACAUACAAGUAAAGUGAAAUAUACUACAAAGCAAAGAGCCCAGUUGGAAAAGUUAAAGAAGGAACAUGAAGAAGAAAAAGACUUGAAAGUGCUUUUUGAGAGUGGAAAUGAUGCAUCAGAAUGCAUGGAUUUUCCUGGGGGUACAAUUUCCUCAGUUCCAAAUUCCAGCCCCGAGAGCUCAGCACGUUUAGAAGCAGACUUCAUGCUGACCGAACAACCUCUGGAUGUUGCACACAGCGGCGCUGUGUGGGAUAUAUUUCGUCGGGAGGAUGUGACCAAGCUAACACAGUACUUGCAGAAGCACUGGAAAGAGUUUCAUCACACAAAAAAUGAUCCUGUCAAUUCUGUCACUCAUCCUAUUCAUGACCAGACAUUUUAUCUAAAUGAGAAGCACAAGAAACAGCUGAAAGAUGAAUUCAAUGUUGAGCCUUGGACAUUUGAGCAAUACCUUGGGGAGGCUGUUUUUAUUCCUGCAGGAUGCCCACAUCAAGUUCGAAAUAGACAGUCAUGCAUCAAAGUUGCAGUUGACUUUGUAUCCCCUGAAAAUGUUCAAGAGUGCAUUCAUUUGACAGAGGAGUUUCGCUUGCUUCCCAAAUUGCACAGAUCGAAGCAAGAUAUAUUGGAGGUGAAAAAAUUGACGCUUUAUGGCGCUAGUGUGGCUAUUGAAGAAGCGAGGAAUCUCAUGAAAAAACUUCCUGGUUCAAGAGAAGAGAGUGAUAGAGCCUAUCUAUAAUCCUAUGAUGUCAUCAGCCGCUAGGGUUUUUUGGAGUUUCCCGUGCCGAUUGGUGUUGAGAAUAUAUUUAUGUUUUCACAUUUAUAUUAAGUCAAUUUUUUUGAGUUGUAGAAUACUAGAAUGCAUUCGGUUUUGUCAAUAUAUUAUUCAUUCUACAUUGUAUUACUAUGUCAAGCUCACACAGGUUAGUUUAUAUUAAGGUAGUGUUUUUUCUUUGAAAACACCUAAAAGCACAACCACAUAAUUGAAUUGGUUCAAUAAACUUUGUGACACAUUUUAAAAAGGAUAUAUCAUACACCA